UAAAGGAGUAAUUUCUUUGAAACAGGCAUAAAUAUGUAUUUAUUAAAUAAUUAUAUAUAGAUACAAACUGAUAGAACAUAUUAAAUAUUAAAGUUUAAACUAAAACAACCAGCAAUAAUACAAAUAUUGUACAAACUUCACUUCUGUUAGCGAGCUGGGUAUUUAUCGAUGGGAAAGAAGCGAGCAAAGAACAAAGCCAAGAGUCCUAGAGAGGACAGCUCUGUGGACCUGAUAGAAGUGAAAUGUGGACACAUCCGUAAGGGAGUGGAACACAGCUGGUUGAGGAAGGCUGCUCUGGAGAAGAACUGGAACACGUGUCAGGGGUGCGAACAGGAGAGGAAACAGUCCGAGGCUCAGACGGAGGAUGAGGACCAGGGGGAGGCACAGACGAUAUGGACGUGUCUCAAAUGUGGACACAGGGGUUGUGGGAGGUUCUCGAACCAUAAACACGCCAUUAAACACUACGAGAAAGCUCAUUCUGACCCGCACUGCCUGGUGCUGAGCCUCGACAACUGGAGUGUGUGGUGUUAUAUCUGUGAUGAUGAGAUCCAGUACUCCAGCACAGGACGACUGGCUCAGCUCAUCUCCAACAUCAAGAGACACACGCUGGAGGGACCCGGGCACAGGAGCAGCAGGAAACUAAAGGACGAGGAUAACACCGUGGGCGACACGGCGGAGGAAAACGCGCCCCAGAAAGAGCCGGAACCAAAAGAAGAACCGAAAGAAAUCAAGAAGACGGGCGAGGCACCGAACGGGCCGGAACCGUGCACCGGGGCUGUACCGGUACGAGGUCUCAGCAACCUGGGCAACACGUGCUUCUUCAACGCAGUGGUGCAGAAUCUGUCACAGACGUGGCUGCUGCGUCAGCUUCUGUGUGGUUUACGGGACGAGGAGAGCAGUGUGGUGAUCACGCCGUCGUCCUCCUCCCAACUGGAUCCUUUGCAGGUCCGUCUGUCCAGACCCGGCCCGCUCACUCUGGCCAUGUGCCAACUGCUGAACGAGAUCCAGGAGACCAAACGUAACGUGGUGACGCCGCAAGAUCUCUUCACACAAGUGUGCAAGAAGGCCGCGAGGUUUAAAGGCUUUCAACAGCAGGACAGUCAGGAGCUGCUGCGCUACCUGCUGGACGGCAUGAGGAACGAGGAAAACAGCCGGGUCACCGCCGGGAUUUCGGAGGCGCUGAAGGGUUCGGCUGAAGGUUCCGAGGCGCUGCAGAGGAAGCUGCUGAAAGACUACGAGAGCGCUGGGACCCGGACCCUGGUGGAGCGAGUGUUCGGAGGAGAGACCACCAGCACCGUCAUGUGUAAGGUGUGCAGGACGGUUUCCGUGGUGACCGAAAGCUUCCUGGACCUGUCGUUACCGGUCGCAGAUGAGGCGUACAGGAAGAAGAAAGCCGCUCCUCAGACGAGUAAAGAACGCGUGGACGGCGGGCGUGGCCCCGAACCUCCUGACGCCACCGAGACUGAGGACGUGCUGACGGGCGCCGGUAGCAAGUACCAGCAGAAAAAGGCUAAGAAGCAAGCGAGGAAACAGGCGAAGAACCAGCGGCGGCAGCAGAAACCGGGCGCCAAACUCACGCUGGACUCACUGACCGACGACGGCGCUGCAGGGGAAGGGGAACCGGGGGAUCCGGAGAGCGUGGGCGGGGCAGACGAGCCCAGGAGCCAAUCAGAACCUGAGGAAUUAAAUCAUCACAACCCUGCUGAAGAGGAGGAGGAGGAGGAAAAGGAGGAGGAGGGAAGCCCCGCCUCUAAUCGCUUUAGCAGCCUAUCAGAGGAGAGAGUGAAUGACGAGAGAGAUGAGAUGGAGGAGGCGGAGCUGAGCCGAAAGGUGCGAGAACUGUCGCUUACAUCCGAAGAGAAGCAGAACGAGAGCGUGGAGUCCGGACCCCGGGCGGAGUCAGAGGCGGAGUCCGGACCCCGGGCGGAGUCCAGACCUCAGGUGGAGUCACAGGCGGAGUCCGUACCCCAGGCGGAGUCAGAGGCGGAGUCAGAGAUGGAGUCAGAGGCGGAGUCAGAGGCGGAGUCAGAGGCAGCGACCGGGCCGGAGUUCGUGAUCGUGAACCAGGAUCCUGAACUCGCCUUCUCCUCUCUGGCCAGCAGGGCGGCGGUGAGCAGCUCGCAGUGUUCGGUGGAGUCCAGUCUCCAUCAGUUCACUCAGGUGGAGGAACUGAGCGACACCAACAGCCUGCUGUGUGUCACCUGCAGCCGGAGAGACGGUCAGGGUGAUAAGAAGAAGAUCUACAGGGAGGCUCUGAAGCAGAUGCUGAUCUCGUCUCCUCCUCCUGUCCUAACUCUGCACCUUAAAAGGUUCCAGCAGGUGGCGUACAGUGUGUGUAAAGUCAACAGGCACGUCCAGUUUUCUCAGGUGCUCGACCUCGCCCCGUUUUGCUCCAUACACUGCAAGGAGGUGCAGAACGAGCAGACUCAGCUCCUGUACUCUCUCUAUGGUAUAGUGGAACACAGCGGGACGAUGCGCUCCGGUCACUACACCGCCUUCAUUAAAUCCCGAGCUCACAGCGGCGCUGCGGAUCCUCGUGAGGCAGGUGAGGCGACGCCCCCUAAAGGCUCCUGGUUCCACGUGAGUGACAGCAGUGUGACGCCGGUACCUGAGUCCCGGGUGCUGAACUCUCAGGCGUACCUGCUCUUCUACGAGAGGAUCUCCUAAAUCUCCUGAUCUGUAGCGCUGGUGUUCUGAGGAACCGGAGACGAGUACAGAACGAUGAAUUCAGGAUGAAUCACUGAGAUCAUGUUGUUUAUUUUGUGCUGAUGAGUAAGAAGGGAUGAAUAAAACGAGCUGGGAUUCAGAUUAAGGAUUAAUAGGGUUAAAUAUUUACAGGUUUAUUAACAGUGUGGCCAAAUCAUGAACCAUGAAAGCUUGAAUUUAACAGAAAGUUAAAGAUCUGUUAUAUUUUAUUUAUAGGAAAGAUCAAGGGGAGCAGAUAUCCAUGACUUGUUAACUACAUUUGCCCUUGGACUUGGGUAGCGUGUGGGUGUCUUGGAAUCCUCUCGCCUCCCAAAACCAUGCAGAAGGUGUAUUGGCUGCUAAAUUGCCCCUAGUGGUGAGUGAGUGGGUAAACGUGCACUGUGUUGCCCCUUAUUCAUGCCUUGUUUCCAGGUGGCACCAGGCAACCCUGCCCAACCCUGACCCGGAUAAAGUGCUGCAUUUUUUUACAUUUUAUUUUCAUUAACCGUUUUGUUCUGGUCAGUGAUGCUGCCAGUCCAGGAAACACUGGGCACAAGGCCCAUUCCCUAGAUAUAACCAAUUAUGUCUGUGUAGACACCCGCCUGGCUGAUAGUGUGCCACUGUGCCACCCGAGUGCCAGGAUAAAUCGUUAAGUGAAAAGAAAUGAACAGAAAGACUUCUGGGGGAUUUGGACCUCUGUGGUGGAAAUAUGUUACUGCAAGUGGGUAUUUUAAUUCUAUUUUUUCGGUGCCCCCUCCCCACAUGGAUCUCAUGGUUGUACUGGGUGGUCGACUGUGAUGGGUAUGGUUAAAGAAUCAAGCAGAAAACCCAUCCUAACAGUUUUCAGCUCACUUCAUGUUGCACAAGACCUGGAGAAAGGCGGCACAGACACUGACCUGAGGCGAGGGUUGGACCUGGGCCCUCAGACAUUUCUGGUGCUUUGCGGGAACCGUGAUACCCAAGAACAGCAAACCUUCCUUAUUGAUGCAGUACUAUGUUUACUACAGACAUUAGAAUUAUUGUACUGCAGCUUGGAGAAACAAAAACAUCUGGAACCUCAAACCUGCUAAAAAAACAAAUUUUACCAUUUAAUCGAAUGCAAUUUUAUAUAAUUCCUAAUAAAAGGUUCUAUUAAUCAA